ACAUUAAACGACCACAUUUGGCUAAUGUUUUCGAAAAUUGUAUCUGUCGAACAACCAGCUGAUCCGUAUUGUAAACAAUUUGAAUAGGCACAAUGUAAUUUAUGGUAAAUGGCUAUUAUCGUAAAAGUCGUAAAAGUAAACACGUGUCGAGUUUAAGCGCAAAUUAAAGAUUUAGGGUCUUUUGUAAUUCUUAGAAACAAAACACACCUAUUUGUACACAAGACGCACCAAAACACAGUGUUGAGUUAAUUGUGAAACUGUCAACAUGUCGGGAGCCAAAAGAAAGCAGUUUAAUAUCGAAGAAAAGUCGCGUAUUAUUUCAAAGUUAAAUAGCGGAGUUCCAAACAAAGUCUUAGCUAAAGAAUAUGGCGUAUCACACUCGACAAUUUCCACCAUUUGGAAUGGAGGGAAAAAAUUCAAAACCUCUAUGACAAAAACUUUUUGAAAAUGAAACGAGCCCGUACAACGAAGCAUACGAAGAUUGAAGAAGCUUUGUUAAAGUGGUUUAAAUAUCAAAGGACAAAUAAUGUGCCAAUAAAUGAACCAAUUCUUCAACAAAAAGCAAACGAUUUUGCUCAACGCUUUGGUGAAGAUUUUGUUUGCUCGUCUAGUUGGAUUCAACGUUUCCGGGCUCGGCACGGCAAUGUCGGCGGGAAAAUGAGUGAUAAAGCUGCCAGUGUUGAUAAAGGUGUUGUAGAAGAUUGGAUGACGCAAAAGUGGCCCACGUUAUGCGAAGGCUACACACCAGACGACAUUUUUAACGCGGACAAAACCGGACUUGUUUACAAUAUGACACCAGACAGGACUUUAAAGUUCAAAGGAGAGAAUUGUUUGCGAGGAAAAAUGUCCAAGACGAGACUAACGAUCAUGGUUGCAGCAAAUAUGACAGGUUCCUGUAAAAAGAAGCUUUUAGUUAUUGGGAAAUCUAAGAAACCAAGAUGCUUUAAAUCUGUUCGCUCACUACCGGUAACGUAUGAAAACAAUGUGAAAUCAUGGAUGACAUCAAAAAUCUUUGAAAGAUGGUUGCGAGACUGGGAUGCUGAAUUAAAAGCAAACAAUAAGAAAGUACUACUUUUGAUUGAUAAUUGUCCUGCUCAUCCAGCUGCUACCAAUCUAAAGUUCAUUAAACUUGUGUUCUUACCACCAAAUGUUACAUCUGUGCUGCAACCUGCUGGACCAAGGUGUAAUAAGAUGUUUAAAAUCUCAUUAUAGAACAAUGCAAGUGUUAAAAUUAAUACAAAACCUGGACAGUAAUAAUCAGAACAGCUUUACGGUUUUUGAUGCCAUCUUGAUGAUAUCAGAAGCAUGGGAAAAAGUUUCACAGAAAACUAUAGCUAACUGCUUUAGACAUGCAGGUUUUAAAGAUCUCCCAACAGUAACCUCAGAUUACGUGACUGACGAUGACGAAGAGGACAACAUUUCUUUAUUCCAAUUAGCCCAAAAUUUACGACCUGCUUCAUCUACUACUGAAGCAGACGCGUUUCUUAAUAUAGAUAGGUCUAUUGUGACUUGUGCAUCGGCUACGGAAGAUAAUAUUGUACAAGAAGUUCGAGAAGUUAAAGAAGAAAAUGACGAACAGGACGACUCUGAAGAACAAUUUACAGUGCCAACUUUAAGUGAUGGUCUCAAUGCUGUUUGUGUAUUACGCAAAAUUGUUCUUUUUUAUGAACAGUUUCACCUGCAGGGCAAUUAUAACAAUAAGCUGAUUAAACUCCAACGUGAAUUACAAAAUGUAUAUACAAGACAGUAGUGUUCCAAACAAACAAAA